UUGUUAUUUCUUUCAUCUUAUCUUCCUUUAUUUUCUUUCUCCCCUUGCUCCCUGUACUUUGCUCAACGUACCCCAGACUCUACUGUGGCCCCUCCCCCUCUCUUAUCGACAUACCUGUGCGACGGUCCUAUCAGUGAUAAGCGGACCCAUCAUCAUCAUCAUCAUCAUCAUACAGCUGUCCCGUCGGAUGCCAACACACAACAGAGACAUUGCCAAUUGUUUGCCUGCAGUUGAGCGCACACUUCAAGUGUUUUCGCCUACUUUGGAUUCUCCCUCCUUGGCCAUUUUAGCAACUUAUAUCCCUUCAUCAACCCAAAUACAACUUCAAGUAUCAUAAUAUCUCCAACUUGCCUUGUGUUCCGUGCGAGGUCUCCUCUCCGCGGAAAUAUUCCUUUUUUGUUCUCUCACUGUCGUCUCUAUCAUGUCGCAAGAUAGCGGACUUAAACUGUCGCAGGGUUCUCUUGCUCCUCCCGUGGAAAUAUCUGGCCCAGCUACCCCAAUCAAGCGUGCAAGCCUGUCUGCUUCACCAGAUUUUAGUGCCAAAGCUGGGAGUCAAACUUCACAAUCCGAGAAGAACAAACUCUUCUCCCCCCGGCCGUUGUCAUCGUCCGACAUGACCCCGCCUCCGUCAUCGCAGAUCCCCGGGGCUCCUAUGCGCCAGUCUAGAUCAAGAUCGAAUUCGCUGCUGCCCUCCCCACCAGACCUUGAGAAGACACUCUGUGUUGCAUAUGGCGCUUCCGAAAACCUCCCAACAGCCGAAGACAUUGACACUGCCAACAAUUCUCAACUCCGCACAAUUGCCAAAGACCUGCUGGGGGUAGCCCAAGAGGCUCGAAUGUCCGCACUGCACUUCAAACUGCAGAACAGUCUCCUAUCUUUCACGAGCAACGAGGCCAUUAAGCGUGCUGAAGUAGAACAUCAAUUGGCUAGAAGGGAAGUCGAGAUACUUCAGAGUUCAGAGUACCGCAGUCGCCAACAACCUUCAGAAAUCAAGCCGUUGCAGCAAAUUUCCAAUGCGGAGCUGGAGCUUGCCCUUAAACGUAACCAAGAGCUUGAGCGGGUUAAUGCUACACUCGACCGGAGACUCCGACGAGCGAAGAAACUCAUCGAGCAAGAAAAAGAAAGGUCCGAGUCGCUUCAAGAGGAAAAUGGUCGUCUGAAGAACCGCAUUCGCGAAAACCGGAAUCAUUUCUCGUUGAUGAUCGAGCACAGUUCCAUGUCUCCCAGCCCUCAGAUGGACUUUCAUAGGCAACCUGUGCCUCAUUUUGGUGAAAGCCAUGAUCCGUUUGCCGCUCUUCUGGCCGCCGAUGAAGUCCUCAACAGAGAAUCCGCUAGUGUGACAUCGACACCAAACAGGCAUCAUAUCCCAAAACAGCAACACAAUGGUCAUGUGCGAGGUACUCAUUCAUUGUCCUCCCUUCCAAUGACACCUGCGCGUUCCCAAGCGGCCUAUCAUAAUAGCCAAUACCUUAACCCCGCUGCUCAUUCGCGUGACGAGCGUCACGACCGUGAUAGCACAAUAUCAGCCUCCGAUCCCGAAGAGGCCGAGACCGAAGAAGAUGUCCCGGGUUCUCAAGCGAGUUCUCUUGCAACAAACAUGCUUCGACGUAAUCCUAUGGUUAGCCAUCAUGGGGCUCGAGGCCCAACAACUGUUCCAAAAUCCAGCACUUUGCUCCAAACAAAACUGUUUGGUCAAGUGAAAAAGGCUGGCGUGGAACCUCCCAACCAACACAAACGGAAAGGGAGCUUUGAGGAAGAAAGUGCGGCCUCGAAGAAAUCCAAGGCGGACAGUGUGGGUCUUGGUAUUGCAGCGCCAGCAUGGAGCAGUAAUACCGGCCGUGCAUAAUAUGACAGCGCCUUGCAUUCAUUUGAGCUUAUGUAUGUACAUAGUGCAUGCUGAGUACACCUUUCAUCCUUUUGGCAUUGUAUCUCCUGUCAUAUUUUUCUCUGUUAUUCUUAUGGAUGUUUCUAUCCCUGUAUUUCUUUUCACGAUUGAUGAACAUAUGCAACAACUGAUGGUCGGGAAUG